GUAUUUUACAGAGCCUAUCUGUUCAUUAUUAUUACUAAAAAAGAGUCUGCAUAGCUGCGUUUGUACAUGCUUUUUAAACAGAUCUAUGAUAUAGAGUUUCGCUCUUCAUCCAUCAUUCUCGACAUCAUAUUCCCUCUAGCAUACCAUCCACCAUGGUCAGAUUAUCAGACGAGGAGGUGAUUCCUAACGAAAAACCCCAUAAUCCAAACGGCACCUCCCCCUCACUCCCCCUCCCACCCAUCGACCACGGUAAAGAUGCCUGGUUCUUUCUGGCCGCCUGCUUCGUCAUGGAAGCCCUAGUCUGGGGGUUCGCCUUCACCUACGGUGUCUUCCAAGACUAUUACAGCACACUGCCCAUGUUCCAGAACUCCAAUAACAUUGCCAUCAUCGGAACAUGCGCCAUGGGAAUAAUGUAUCUCGACCUCCCCAUAAUCUUCACCCUAUACCGCACCUACCCUCAUUAUCAGCGUCUGGGCUGCGCCCUCGGUGUCCUAACAAUGUGUCUCUCUCUGGGCCUCUCCUCCCUGUCCACAACCACCACUCACCUGAUCAUCUCCCAAGGCAUCUUCUACGCCAUCGGCGGAAGCAUCGCCUACUCGCCAUGCAUCCUCCUAAUGGAAGACUGGUUUGACCAACGCCGGGGCUUUGCCUUCGGCGUCAUGUGGGCCGGCACCGGUUUAGGCGGCGCGAUCCUCCCCAUCGUCAUGGAAACGCUACUCGAUCGAUACGGGUUCCGAAUAGCGUUGAGAGGGUUCGCAGUUGUGUUAUUCGUGCUUACGGCCCCGUUGGUAUGGUUCGUCAAGCCUAGAGUGCCGCCUGCACUGCGGAGUACCGGAGUGGACGGCGUAGUACAGCAGCAAGCACGAAAGCCGCGACUCAAGGAAAUCCGAUUCCUCUGGACUUCAGGAACAUUCCUCCUCUUCGAGCUGUUCAACAUGGUCGAAGCAGUGGGGUACUUCCUCCCGUCUAUCUACCUUCCCUCGUACGCAAGAGCCAUCGGCGUCUCAUCAGGAAGCUUGGAAGCCCUCACAGUGAUAUUAUUCAACGUUGCGUCUGUAGUAGGGUGCGUAGUCAUGGGCGCCAUUAUCGACCGAUGGGACGUGACGACCUGCAUUCUGGUCUCGACUGUGGGAUCAACGAUAGGUGUGUUUCUCAUCUGGGGAUUUAGCGUCUCGCUGGGUCCGCUGUUUGUGUUCGCUAUCGUGUAUGGGCUUUUUGCGGGCUCGUAUACGAGUACUUGGCCCGGGAUCAUGAGGGAGGUGGUCAGGAAGGAUGGUGCCGCCGAGUCGAGUAUGGUGUUUGCUUGUUUGGCGGCUGGUAGGGGCGUCGGGAAUAUUGUUUCAGGCCCGUUGAGUGAGGCGUUAUUGGAGGGGAUGCCAUGGGCUGGAGAGUUGGGGUUUGGGUUUGGGACCGGGUAUGGGAGCUUGAUUGUCUUCACAGGGGUGACGGGGUUGGUUGGGGGUGGGAGUUGGGUCGUUAGGAGGGUGGGGUGGCUGUGA